AUGAAGUUCAAGGGAAAAUCCUUUAUUGCGAUCGUGCUUUCACCUGAGCAACCCUUCGAUGCGUGGUUCAAGGAAGUUGACCGGAUCAUAUCUCGCUCGCCGGGUUUUUUCAUCGACCGGCCGAUCAUCCUUGAUGUUCGAGGCACCAACAUCCCGAUCGAGGAUCUGGAACAGCUCCUCGAUGGUUUGAACGAGCGCUCGAUCCGCGUCAUGGGAAUAGACGGCGUGUCCGGGACGCGCCUCAAGAAAGGCAUGCCGCCGAGCUUUGGCGGCGGACGGCUUGCUUCAGAUGUGGCGGUGCCCGAGCCAGGCAAUGUCAGUGACGAAGACAACAAAGAGGUCCAGUCAGCUGAUGCAUCAGCCGCAGCCCCAAGUGAAACAUCCGUGGUCAAUUCGAAAGACGGGGAUGUAAACGGACAAUCAGUCAACGGCCAUACUUCUGCCAAACCGGACACGGAGACAUCGGAUCCUGCCCCAAUGGAAGAAGGUGCAUCGAUCGUGAUUCCCGAACCCGUUCGCUCAGGCCAGAGCAUCCUCCAUCCGGAUGGAGACGUCACGGUGAUCGGGUCCGUCAGCUCUGGUGCAGAGAUCAUUGCGGGCGGGUCCAUCCAUAUCUACGGCGCACUGCGUGGCCGGGCCCUUGCUGGCGUUGCUGGCAAGGACAAUGCCAGGAUUUUCUGCACGAAGCUGGAUGCCGAACUGGUCUCCAUCAACGGACUUUACAAGGUCGCGGACGACUUCGACGCCGCCUUACGCAAUUCACCGGCACAGAUCCGCUUCGAGAACGAAACGCUGGUCUUUGAAGAACUGAACUGA